AUGGGUGAAGAUAAAAGACAAAAACUACAAGACACCGGCUUAGUUGAUUGGUCAGUCUUUAGUGAAUUAUUAGUUAUGGAUGAAGAUGAAGAAGGGUUUUCUUUAUUUUUAUUUAAAACUUUUGUUGAUCAAGUGAUUGAAACUUUCCAAUCUUUAGAUAAAAACUUAAUUAGUAAAGAUUUAAAUGAAUUAAGUGAUUUAGGUCAUUAUUUAAAAGGUUCAGCUGCCGCCAUUGGUUUAAUUCAAAUUUCUUCUCAAUGUGAAAGAAUUCAAAAUUAUGGUCAUAAAAUGAAUUUCGAUAAUUUCGAUAUUAAUGAGUCUUCUUCCUCAGAUCCUCCAGCAUCAUCCUCAUCUUCAUCAAUACCUGCAUCUGUACCAGAGCCAAUAUCUAAAUUAGAUUCAUCUGCUCCUAUAGUAGUAUCAAAAGAUGAAUCAUCAACCCCAAUAAAAGAUUCAAUCACCAUACAGAAUAAUGUGAAACCUCUCCCGCAACCUCCAACUUCAUCCAUUCCAAGUGAAGAUAGUGAUGAUUUUUGGAUAAUAUUAAUAAAAGAUGCUUUACAUAAAGCAAGAGAUGCUUUUGCCGAAUCAAGAGUUGCAUUAAAUGAAUUUUUUGAUGUGGAAUAUUAG